AUGGCUUCUGACACGAAAUCUGCUUCAUAUAGAAGGGCUAAAUAUGAUAGAUCUUAUACGGUACAGGAAGAGAGUCCUGUAAUGAGAAAAUGCUCAGGUUCAAAUGGAUUCUCACGCAGAGGAAGUCGAGUUAGCCGAUCGAAAUCGCAAAGAAGAGGUGCGAUGGGAUCAAUUUCGUCAUUGUCGUUCAGUCAGAAACAGGCCUUGGCAAUGUCAUGGCGACUGAUGCGCCCCCAAGCUGGAGCAACAUUCCGAAAGAUUCUGUUGGAGCUGGAGAUUGCUUCACCAAAAGUUAAACAAAUUUUCUACAAAGCCGCCUUGGUCGAUGCUUUUAAUAAGGAAGAAGAAAAUGUGGCGACAUUAGAAGCUCACACGAAAUUGCUUAUUAGGUUCUUUGAUGAGCUCCUGACUAUACUGGAUGAUGAAGCUGAAUGUAUUGAACGAAUUAAGAGGAUUGGAUCUUCGCAUGCUAUCCUGGCCAAAACAUGUUCCUUCUCCAGUGAUAUAUGGGAGAGACUAGGCGAAAUUGCUAUGGAAAGGAUUUGUACCCACGAAUCUGUCCAGAAGACACGAGAAGCUGCUCGGGCCUGGAGAACUUUGAUCGCUUGUUUAACAGAUGAACUUAGGACUGGAUUUGAUGGAGAAGCCAGACAUCACAGAAAAUCCUCUUCAACAGAACAUUUGGAAGAAGAACGGGAAGAUACAAUCCAUUCUAAAGUUCGCCAACUACGACUUGACUGUGAGCAAAUGGUGCCUUUCGACUAA